UUUCUAUUUCAAAUUGAAACAAGUGAAGGGGGGAAAAGUGCUGACAGGCAGCCACACUGUACUAGAUGAAAGAGAUACCCAAUAAACAUAUCCUUAUGCGUCCUGUAAAUAAGUAAGACAUUCUUUCUGAAUGGGGCGACAAGCAUGUGAUACUCCGCCGAAAUGAAUGUGAAAGUGUGUGCUACGGAGCGCUUUAGGCUGGCCACCAAGAGCAUCGCUCACAGGAUGGUCCAGUACAAUCUGGCCACUGAUAUCGAAACGGUCCUGGACACCGAGUACGGACGGGUGCGCGGCCUUCAGCGUAAGACUCUCUACGACGAAGAGCUCUACUUUGCCUUCGAGGGCAUACCCUAUGCCAAGCCGCCGUUGGGUGAGCUGCGUUUUAGGGCGCCCCAACCACCGGAGACGUGGACCCACAUCCUGGACUGCACGUAUCCACGUUCAAAGCCCAUGCACCGACAUUUGGUGCUGCGUUCGAUCGAGGGUUCGGAAGAUUGCCUCUACUUAAAUGUGUACUCCAAAAGCCUUAAGUCGGAAAACCCAUUACCCGUCAUGGUCUGGAUCUAUGGUGGGGGUUUUCAGAUUGGCGAGGCCACAAGGGAUGUUCACAGUCCAGAUUACUUUAUGCAAAAGGAAGUUAUUCUAGUCACACUUAACUACAGGCUGGGAGCUUUGGGUUUCCUCAGCCUCUCGGAUCCGGACUUGGAUGUACCUGGCAAUGCUGGGCUCAAGGAUCAGGUAAUGGCCCUGCGCUGGAUACACAAAAACAUCGCUAACUUCAACGGUGAUCCAAACAACAUUACACUAAUGGGCAUAAGUGCGGGCGCUGCUUCCACUCAGAUAAUGAUGAGCACGGAACAGACACGAGGACUCUUCCACAAGGCCAUUCUCAUGUCGGGAUCAUCGCUAUGUGAAUGGAUCGAUGAGACCCAGUACGCCAAGCCCUAUUGGCUGGCCUGUAAGCUGGGCUACGAAGGCGAUGAAAAUGACCAGGAAAUAUUUCGCUUUCUGCAGAGCAUCCCAGCAAAGGACAUCAGUGGCUGUAGAAGGUUGAUCAUGAAGGAGGAUAAACGUGAUUACGUGCUGAUUCCGUUUGGACCCGUCGUUGAGCCCUACGUGAGCGAAAGCUGUGUGAUCUCCAUGCCGCCUUGCCAGAGUCUAUCCCACGCCUGGGGCAAUAAGCUACCCGUUAUCAUUGGAGGCACCUCCUUCGAGGGCUUGGUGUUCUACCAGCAUAUAACGGGUGAUAUGGAGUACAUGCUGAGCGCAUUCGAAGCCUUAAUACCCAGAGAGGUGCGCUUUUCAUGCACGCCGGCAGAGAUUCAGGCUCACGUUAGACGUCUGAAGAUCUCAUAUUUCGACGAUGCCACCCGAGAGCACAUGGAGUUCAAGGAGUGCCUGCAUCUGCUCUCUUGCAAGCACUUCUGGCAUGCUAUCCAUCGAACUGUCCUCGCCCGGCUGGCCUAUGCGUCAAGCGCGCCCACCUACCUCUAUCGCUUUGAUUUCGACUCGCAUAGCUUCAACUAUGCUCGCAUCAUGGUGUGUGGACGCAAUGAGCGUGGUGUUUGCCAUGCCGAUGAUUUCCUCUAUUUGUUUUACUGCAUACCAUCUUACAAAUUGGAGAAGACCUCGUUUGAAUACCGCACCAUCGAACGGAUGAUAGGCAUGUGGACGGCAUUCGCGGCACACGAUGAUCCCAAUUGCGAAAUUCUCAAACCUGCCACUUGGGAGGCCCUCAAAUCACACGGUACUCCAAUGUGCCUUAACAUUGGCACAAAUCUUCAGUUUAUUGAACUGCCCGAGAGUAAGGAACUGCACUUGUGGGAUUCCUUCUAUAAGAAAUUGAAACUAUACUAAGUAUAUAAAGAUAAAAGAGAAGAUUGAUAUUAUGAUCCGUAAGGUCAGACGAUGGCUCAACAAGCUGUAAAACCUUGUUGCUCAAUUGGAGAGUAUCUAAUUGCAAUACAAGCAGAAUAGUAAUUUCAGAGCUAGCUUAACGUAUCAAAUUAUAAAACUAUCAAAAAAAAAUUGUAGUACGAAAACUAUACAGAAUUGAAAACAAAGAGAGCCAUGUUAUAAGGCGAGACAAACGAAGUUUAGUUGAAAAUUGACAGGAGAGCAAAAACGCAGAAAACCAUUUUGUACAUGAUUUUCUUAUCACAAAAAAGGAAAACUUCAGAAAACGAUGGUAACAAAUUGAGAAAUUCUCUUAAAAUGGCGUAUGAAAGAAAUCUCCUAAUCAACUAAUAAAGGUUUGAAAAAAAUAAAUAACAAAAAAAAAAACAAAAUAAAUUAAAACUAAUUGAGAAGUGCCUA